AUGAAGAGCAUGCGAGGGUUGCUGCACACAACCAGUGUCGAAACUACAAAUGAACAAAAGACUACAUUCGCUACCACUUCUGUUGCUGGACACAAAAGAAGUCUAUCAAUAGCUGGAGAAGAACACCACUUCAGGACUUCUGCCUCUCGAGCGACUGUUCCGUUUCAGCGAGCUGUCAGCCUCCCCUCUGCCCCUCCUCGAAUUUCUGCGAGUCGCAUUGUUCGCCUCAAUGAGCGAGUCGGGCCGUCUGAGUAUUCUCAACGGAGGGCUAUUGCUGCGACUCCGACAUCGUCUUGUGAUCCUGAACUCGAAUUAAGCCAUUCUACAUAUGGACUUCAUCAACAGCUUGUUGGUAAUUUUGCUUCACUUGGCAUAAAACAAAUAUACCCAUGGCAAAAAGCUUGCCUCAAAGGUCCUGGGCUUCUGACAGGAGAAAAGAACCUUGUAUAUUGUGCACCAACUGGCGGUGGCAAAUCUCUUGUGGCUGACGUGCUCAUGCUGAAAAGAAUUCUGGAAGAAAAGGGAACAAAGGCCCUCCUUGUGUUACCAUAUGUUGCUUUGGUUCAAGAGAAAGUUCGUUGGCUUCGUAGUGUGGUACAAGGUUUACGCUUCGCCUCUGAAACAACGGUCGAUGACGACAAACGCAUAUGGCGUAGACGAGCUGAUAAAAAUACAGUCCGUGUCAUUGGUUUCUUUGGGGGUGGAAAAGUUCGAGCAACUUGGGCUGAUUUUGAUAUUGGCGUGUGCACAUUGGAGAAGGCAAACGCACUCGUGAAUACGGCUAUUGAUGACUGUUCGAUCUCCAAGCUCCGCGCGGUUGUGCUUGAUGAGUUACACAUGGUUGACGAUGAUCAUCGAGGCUAUUUAUUAGAACUCGUGGCGGCCAAACUGCUCAGCCUGGAGCAGCGUGUACAAAUUGUGGGCAUGAGUGCCACUCUCCCGAACAUGGACAUGAUGGCUCGAUGGCUCGAUGGGCAUUGUUACGAAACUCGGUAUCGGCCGGUUCCUAUCGAGGAACAUCUCGUGUAUGACGGCAACAUUUAUCCCGCAGGUUCUACAAGCAGUCUCAUCAAAACGGCUGCACAGCUGAACAGUCGGUCUACACAGACACAGGCACCGAUGAGACCCAUCCGGCGAAUCGAGCCAUCCACCCACAAGGAGCUUCGCGACCCAGUAUUAAAUGCAGUGGUCACACUUGCUCACGAGACCGCUGUUGCUGGUUAUGGUGCCCUCGUCUUUGCCGGGAGUCGUGGCAUGUGCGAGUCUGACGCACGAUGGAUUAGUCGGGCCAUGCCCCGGCCACAUGAGCUCAAGGCUGACGUUGUUGAUAGUAGGAUGGACUUACUGGGAGAGCUUCGUAGUCUUCCCACUGGGGUUGAUCCGGUAUUGGAAGAGACGGUCCUUUAUGGCGUUGCAUUUCAUCAUGUAAGUCGCUUUGGCCGACUGAAGCCCACAAACAUUUCUGAUUAUAUAGGCUGGCUUGACGACCGAAGAGAGAGCUCUCAUAGCGGCAGCUUACGAUUCUGGAACACUAUUAGUGUGCGUCGCGACCUGCAGUCUGGCUGCUGGCCAGCAAGAAGGGUGAUUUUACACAACUGUCGAAUGGGGCGCGAAUUUGUUGGACCGUCGAUGCUAAGGCAAAUGCGAGGGCGAGCGGGAAGACAGGGGAAAGCAUCUAUCGGUGAAACAUAUCUCUGCUGCCGCGAAAAUGACCUCGAGCAAGUUGUAGAUCUCAUGAAUGCGGAGCUGCCGCCCGUCGCCAGCUGUCUUAACACUGAGAAUCGACGUAUCCAACGUGCACUGCUAGAAGUCAUAUCCAUACGCUUAGCUACGAGUCAUGAGUCCAUUGUGGACUACUUCUCGAAGUCUCUGUUGAGUCACACGCAUAGCGCCAAGUUUGUCAAUGAUUGUAUCACCUCAAGCUUGGAAGAGAUAGAAUCAAUGGGUUUUGUGACCUCCGAUUCCUUGUCCAUGUUUACAGCGACACAACUAGGUAGGGCAAUCGUGGCAUCAGCUAUCGAUCCCGACGAUGGUGUAUUUGUCCAUAGCGAACUCAGUCGGGCGCUCCAAGCCUUUGUGAUGGAUGGUGAGAUGCACGUCUUAUACACGUUCACACCUGUCCAAGAAUUCGGGGUUAUGGUGAACUGGCAGGUCUUUCGGAAUGAAAUGGAGAGUCUGGACGAGAGUGGUUUACGGGUACUGAGGCUUCUGGGCAUCAAACCUACCACAAUACUCAAGCUUGCUCAAGGUGCCACGCUUCGUGAGACGACGCCAGAGGAGAAGCAGGUUGCUCGAGUACAUCGACGCUUUUAUCUCGCUCUCCAAUUGCGGGAUCUGUGUAACGAGAUUCCCAUUCACAUAGUGGCACGCAAAUACGACGUGCCUCGUGGAAUGGUUCAGAAUCUUUCGCAGACUUGUCAAGGCUUUGCUGCAGGAAUGAUCAAGUUCUGUGAACAGAUGAGCUGGGGAGUAAUGGCCGCAGCUCUUGAACACUUUUCAGACAGGCUCGUGGCUGGUGCAAGAGCUGACCUAUUGGCCUUGGCAAAGAUUCCCUUCAUCAAGAGCCGAACAGCGCGGGUAUUUUGGGAGAACGGUUUUCGUACCGUGGCAACGAUUGCGAAUGCAGAUCCCACAGAGCUGUUUCCUAUAUUGAUGCAGGCUCAACCAAAUAAGAUCCGUUUAAAAGGUAAAGACAAUGAGAAAUACGAAGAGAAACUUCUUGUCAAGGCCAAAGUCAUAUCAGAUGCUGCAAGCAAGAUUUGGAAACUCCAAAUGCAGGCAGAGAUGGAGGAGGAAUAG